CGCAGGCGGAGGACUUACAUAAAAAUCCUCUGGGGACUUUUUUUUUGUUUUAACGUUCAAAAGUCACGGUAUUUGCGGUAAAUCGGAGUGGAUAUACAUAAAGCGGCAGAGGAUGAAAAGUCGUGAUAGUUAGCGGACGUUUUCUGGGAGUUUGGAGCACAUAAAGUGCGUAGAGGGAAGUUUUCUACGCGAACCAAGCGAGGACGUAAAGGGGAUUUUACGUCUCAUUUUUCAUACUUUUUAUUAUUUUUGUCGUUUUUGUUGUUUGCGGGAUGUGAAUCUACCGAGUUGUACCGGUAACUUAUUCCUAAAAACCCGGGAUAAAGCCACUUUCCAUUUACCUUACUUAGUUGAACUCACCAUGCUGGCGAACACGUCGCUUUACGCUGCAAAGAAACGGAAGAAGCCAGUGCAGAAAAUACCCAAACCUCCUCCUCCCGAUGGCAUCAAGUCAAACCCAUCCAAGCGGCAUCGCGACCGCCUCAACGGCGAGCUGGACAAACUCACGAGUCUGCUGCCGUUCACCGAGGAUGUGCGAGCGCGCCUCGACAAACUGUCCGUGCUGCGGCUCAGCGUCGGAUACCUGAAGGUCAAGAGCUUCUUCAACGCCACCAUGAAGAAAGGGCAGAACGGCUCCAGCUGGAGCAGCGAGCGGGGCCUCAUGUACGGAGGAAACGUCCAGAAUGCUCUGACCCCCCCCACCCCGUCUCUAGCCUCCUCCCAGAGGACCUCCAUCGAUGGAGUCAGCUUCUCAGAGGGAGACCUGCUGCUUCAGGCGCUGAACGGCUUUGUGUUGGUGGUGACGGCUGAAGGCUACAUCUUCUACACAUCCCCCACCAUACAGGACUUCCUCGGCUUCCACCAGUCGGAUGUGAUCCAUCAAAGUGUGUUUGAGUUGAUCCACACCGACGACCGCGCUCUCUUCAGACGGCAGCUUCACUUUGCUCUGAAGCCAAACAGCGGCCAACAGGACGAACUGAGCCCUGGAGAGCAGAGCUCCGCAGAGAUCACCAGUAACGUGGUGACGUACGACCCACAGAACAUCCCCCCCGAGAACUCCUCCUUCCUGGAGAGGAGCUUCUGUUGCCGCUUCCGCUGCCUGCUGGACAACUCCUCCGGCUUCCUGGCGCUGAACUUCCGCGGCCGGCUGAAGUUCGUGCACGGUCAGAACCGGGUCUCGGAGGACGGGACGCUGGUGCCGUCGCAGCUUGCUCUGUUCACCAUCGCCACGCCGAUGCAGGCGCCAACCAUCCUGGAGAUCCGCACCAAGACGCUCAUCUUCCAGACCAAACACAAGCUGGACUUCACUCCCAUGGGCAUCGACCCCAGGGGGGAGGUGGUUCUGGGUUACAGUGAAGUGGAGAUCCGCAUGAAAGGCUCCGGCUACAACUUCAUCCACGCUGCAGACAUGAUGUACUGUGCCGACAGCCACGUGAGAAUGAUGAAGACCGGAGAGACCGGCUUCAUCAUCUUCAGGCUUCUGUCUAAAAGUCGGACGUGGGUUUGGGUGCAGACCAACGCCCGGAUGGUGUUCAAGGCGGGGACACCGGACUUCAUCGUGGCCCGGCAGAGAGCGCUGACAAAUGAGGAAGGGGAGGAGCACCUGCUCCUCCGUCAGCUGCCGCUUCCGUUUAACUUCACCACCGGAGAGGCGUUGCUGUACAACGUCGCCCCCACCGUGGACGUGCCUGAACCCUGCUCCGCCCCCAAGCAGAGGAAGCUGGACACGGUGAGCCGCGAAUCCUUGCUGGGCUGCAUGCUGAGUCAGGACCAGUCGCUGUACUGCGAGCACAGCGAGAAUCUCACCUCCAUCAACGACGCCGCCUUCAAGAACACGCACGCCACCGUCAGCGUCCCCGGGGACAUGUGGCAGCUCACUACAGCCAAACCCGUGGUGGGCAGCAUGGUGAAGACUGAUGCCACAGUGCAGGACAUGAUGGAGACCCUGCAGCAGAUCCUGGGGGACUCUGAGCUCACAGAGGCCCUGGAGGUGGAGCCCGAUGAGCUGAAGAGCUGGGAGAGCACGCUGCUGAAGAUGAGCAGCUGUGAGAUGAGCGAGGACCUGGACGAGAUCCUCAACAACGAUAUCCUGUGCUACGUGGAGGAGCAGCUGCAGAGGGACGGCGGCCUCAAUCUGCCCGAUGAUGGACCAGCAUGCAUCUCUGCUUUGGACCUCCAGAGCCAGAACCCAGAGCAGGACUUCGGCUGGGAUCUGGAGAACCAGCUGAUCCCCAACGGACAGCCGACUCAGGGCCUCGGGAUGAUGAAGCUCUCCCACAUGGAUGUUCCUCAGAUGAGGCUCAACGGCCCCACCCUGCAGGAGACGCUCCCCAUGUCGGCUGAUCUUCAUCUGGGGAUCACAGGAGCUCCCGUUUCCUUCCCCCCUGCGGCGGCAACAACACAGAGGUCCCUGCCAGUCGCUGCUAAAGAGAACAACCUCGGAGCAUUCAGGCAAAGCAAUCAUUUGAACCAAAUGGCCCCACAGUUGCAGAUGCGGACCCCCAGCCUGCCCAUGGGCCUGCAGGACCAAAGCGCUAAGAGACAGUUAAACCCCGUGUUCAGCUUUCAGGCAAACCAUUGGAGCUCCUCCUCCAUCCCCAACCAAGCCACCUUUGCAGAAACAUACACCCAAAAUAUUUCAAACGAGUCCGGUUUUACCGCGGACGCUACGAGCUGCUUACAGGGACACUUUGCACUUCAGAACAGCGAGAAUCAAAGAUGGCUUCCAGAGCCGCAGCUGAUGGGCGCCUGCCUCAACCAAAUGUCGGGCUUCCAGAGGACUCCUCUCCCCGGGGUGGUGGUGACGCAGAACGCGGUCCACGGCAGGCCGAUGUUCAUGACCCCAGAGACUCCGAGCGGGCCGUUUCCUGUUCAGCAGGUCAUGAAGCCGCCCCCCUCCAUCAGCUGCCUGUUCAGGAACGCAGCGUCUGUGCCUGUGAACGGAGUGCACCUCACCCAGAGACUGAAUCCCGCCAGCAACCCCAUUCCCUCCCAGCCGCCGCGCUUCUACCAGGCGGGGGUCAUGCCGGGGAUGACGGUCAUCCCCAACCCCGACGAGGCGGCGCUGUCCUGCCAGACGGCAACGGCGCUCGACCCCAACGGACUCCUGCAGCCGUACCUGAACUACAACGAACAGACACAGAUCAACAGCCGUCCAGUGGUGGGUAACGGAGGGUUCCCCUACUCUUCGCUGCCCAAUGGGAACGCAUACUACUCAGAGAACAAAUAGGAAACUGCCGCUGUGACUCCAGGACGGCAGAGGAUCCCGACCCGGACUGAAACACGGAUUAAAGGAAUCAAAAAGACUCCUGUCUUUAAACCUGAAAGAGGAUCAGACUGAAAAACUGAAAUGUGCCAGAGGAGGAGGAAGAGGGGACAAAACAGGACGCGAAUCCUUCCUCUUUUUACCUCUUGUUAGGAAACACGGAGGAAAGCUUUGUUUCAGGACGGAUGCUCUUUGAAGAAGAGGAGACAUUUCCCUCUUUGGAGCGUGUUGAAUUAUACCACGAAAAAAAGAUUACCGACGAUUACCUUAUUCUAAUCAAUUGGAGACUCUUGAUUUUCUGCCAGGAUGAUGGACUAACUCAUCGGAGGAGGAGGGAAAAUCCACCAAAUGAACUCCUUUAUCCUCAUCCUCAAUGUCUCUUUUUAAAAACCCACUUUUACUGUGGAAAACAGUAAAAGUGUGUCCAAACACCUGUGUUCUUCCACUACGAAUCAAUGAUGACCGACGAAUCUACCUGCAAAAGUGUACAUUUGCAGAUUUUUUCAUUAUUGCAAUUGACCCUCUUCCACAGAUAAAGCUAGUCUGGUAAAUAUGGAAGUUAUUCUGUCUCAAAACAUGAUGAACAUGUUGGAUUUAUGAGUCAGUAAGACAGCGCAUGCUUGCUUUUUUACGCUGGCUGAGCCGUGAAAAAACGCAAAAACAAUGAAAGCAGCCUAGCUUAUUGUUGCAUUGUUAUCAGAAGAAAUGCAUCAUUUAAUCCGCUUGAUCCCCUGGAGUUAUUAGCACUUAAAAAAGAGAGAUACAAAAAAGAGACUUGAAGGAUGAGGACGAAGUGGGCCUGAAUCUACUUCCUGUUAAUCCUCUGCCGUCAAACACCAUACUCACUUAUUUUGAGCGCUCAGAAGGAUAAAAUAUAUCUGAUUUUGUUGUCGUUGUUGUUUUGUCCUUUUGAAAAGGCGUCUCGAUUUUCGUUCAUUUCAACUCUUAACUGCGCAGACAGGGUAUUCAAAAGAAAACGCACAACAUAAUCAUCCUGCUAAGAAAGAAAAUCACGACUUAAAGAUGAUUCAGUGAAAGCAGCUGCUUGUUAGUGCCUCUUUUAUAUAUUGUUAAAGCAUUCAAUCAGAGCUUUCAUCACUGAGCCAGUUCUUCGUUUUUCUUUUGUUUUUAUAUUUCUGUGUUGUUGUUUUCCUGUUUUAGGGAGAGAAAAAAAAGUCACAUUUCCACUGGGAAUAUUUGCAAAAGAAAUCGUUUAAACUGCCCUCGCUUUAACUUCACAAAGCCAACUUGUGACAUAUGUUUGCACUAUUCCUUUAAAUGUGUUUCCCAAAGCAUAGAAAUCGUAACUAAAAUAGAGCUUCCUUACGCAAAAUGAACUGGACCCUCUAGAUUAGAUAGAUAUUGGAUCAUGAAAUCAUUAUUAUGUCUUAUUUAAAUAACAAAGAAUUGUCCUUUUUUAGAAUGGCCCCAGACUGAGAGUAAAAGCUAAGCACGUACUGCCUUCAAUACAAGACCUUUUGAACAUGAAAGCAUGGAAACAUGUCACAGCAGAGGCACACGAUGUAAAUAAGAGCCUGAAGAUGAGCAUAACAGGGCCCCUUUAAAACUGUCUCUUAAAUUCGUUUUUCUUUUUUUUAAUCGAAUAGUCAGUCUCUCGCUAUGAAACUAAAUAUGAGAGCAGACUUUUUAUUCAUAUUUCCGUCCUCUUCCUCUUUCCUGUUUCUGUCCUUGUGGUUAAUGUAUGGCUCGGACGACCGGGGAAUAUCGACGAUCGUCCGGCAGCGAAAAAACACAGAAGUAAGAACAGUUAAAGGCAGCUAUUGUAUAUUUUAAAUAAGGGAACAAAUGCUUAACAAGUGCCUUUCAAUUGGCCUCUUUUUGAUUGUCUGUUUAUUUUUCUUCAAAACAACCCGAUUCAGCACUUAGAUUGGAAAUAAAACAUCACGGGAAAGCCUUUGAAUUGCAAGAAAUGUGUGUCGCAUCAUCAGUACUGAGCCAUGAAAUCUGAUUUAUGUCUAAGUUUCACUAGUUAUCAGCACUUACUGUAUGUACUUUUUUAAAACUCCUAAAAGAAGGUUUUGAUUUUAGAAGCUGUAAUAGACAAAAGUAGUGACAGCUGACUUGAAUGUUGCCUUAAAUACCAAAAAGACUAGUAAAUAAAGCCAUCUGUGAUUCUUUGUUCUGCAGGAUACCAAAGGGAAAAGACAGAAAACUAAUAUUUUGUUAAAGAAUUCUACGAUCAUUUCUGCACAUGAACAGCAGGAAAUAGACCCGAGUGAUUGUAGUUGUGUGUGAAAAUGAUAUGAAUAUUCACAAAAUUACAAAUAUGCUGCAUUCAUGUCACAUUGAAGUUCCUAGUUGUAGUGUUGAUUUGUGGCAUCAUAGGAACAAGUGAGUUGUAGAAAGGCAUUCUGGGUAAUGUAGUCGUUUUUUUGAUUGAUUUGGCUCGAUAUCAUUUCGAAAAUGCCCUAUUUGUAUGAAAUGCAAUCAUAAAGAUAACUCUCAUUCUGAUUUUGCUCAAUUAGUAUUUAAAAAAGUAGUGAAAAACAUGUAUUUUACUCUUAAAUCUACUUAAUUACUGUAAGUAUUACAGUGAAAUCCCAGCCUUUCUCCCUAUUAUGAUCAUUUCGACAGCAGAUUCACCAAAAUAAAACCAAAAAUCACCACAGAUGGAUGUUAAGAAGUACACAUUUAAAAGACUCAAAGUGUGCUUUCAAUUCAAUCACAAAGUAUUCAUAUCAAAAUAUAAAAUAUAUCUUGUUGCUUGCCUCUAGAAAAAAAGCCUUAUGUACUUAUUAUACUUUUAAACCGUGGAGGCAAAGGCUCCACAUUGCAGUAUCUUUGUGUACCUGUAUAUAAAUAUAUAUAUUUGUAUUUUUUUCAAAAUACAUGAUGUCCUAUAUUGUGUAUUUUAUUGUUGCGUUAACCUGACUCACGCCUUCAUCAUUUUUUGUACAUUUUCUGCACAGCAUAUACAAAUGUUAACCUCUUGUUAUGAUGUUUUCUGUUUUUUUGUAACUUUUAAGCAUAUUAUAUCUCUUGGAUUUGCCUUCAUUAUUGUGCCUCUGACAGUGUAUUGAGUGUUUGAGUCAAUCUUUUCCUGCUCACCAUAUUAAAGGUGAUCUGAUCACACACAGAAGUGUCCGUAUCCUCCGGGCUCUGAAUAAA